AUUUUACUCUGAAAAUAGUAAUUUCCUAAAUUUAUGCAAAGAAAAUCCGAGUUCUGAUUUACUGAUUCACGAAGAAGAAAUAGAGAAAGAUUAAUCAAAGAACUAAAAAAAAAAAAACUCUCCUCUAUCGAGUUUGAAAAUUCUAUUCUUUCCAACUUUUUUACUUUUCAAAUUUUCAGUUUCAAAAUUAAAAAAAUCUAGGCGAAUAAGAUAGUAAAUUAAAAAAUAAAAAACUUCAACGAUAAAAUCAUUUGAGUAAAGUAAUAAGAAAGAAAAUGAAAUCCUAAAAGAAGAUAAUCGAAGCAAAAACAAAAAAAAUAAUAAUAAAGAUAAUCGAUGCUGCUAGGAGAGAAAUUUCAGAAUCCAAUACCCCUUUACCGUACGGCACCACCCUCUGCAGCUGCCGGAUCAGGAGGAGGAGGAGACGCAUCGCACAGGGAAUCACGAGGGACACGCGACUGCUGCAGCGGCGGACUACGAAUCGGAAUAGUCUGGAAAUUUAGGCAAACGAAAAACAGAGACAGAGCAGGAGGAAAGAGAGCACGCACCGCUUUUGCGAGCCUUGACGCGAGCGGAAACGGCGAACCAGACUCUCCUGACGGGGAAGAUCAUCUUAUGCCACCACUCCAUGAACUUUUCCUUGACCUUAAUCUUCCUCUUGUUCUUCUUCCGCUUUCCGCCGACGAGUCUGAACGCAAUCGUCUUUAACCCGGCCAGACCGGAAAAUCUAGAGACGCAGAGAGAGGAAGAGGAGGAGAGAUGUAUAAAAAUUCUGCAAUUUGGAUUCUGGGGAUGCAGAGAUAGAACAGAAGAAGAGAAAGGAAUGGAAAAAAAAAAAAAAUGGUGUGUUCUCCUGUGAGCAGUAGUUAGCCUUUCCGGUUGUGGUGUCGCAGAUAUAAAUCGUAUCACAAGAG